CGAUGUAUAAAUACUUGAGCCAGACAGAGUAAUUUCAUUAAUUAAAAUCUAGAGAUUUCCAAAAUGGGGUAUGUAAGCGGAGUGAACUUUCACUUUCUCCUUUUAUUGGCAUAUUUGGCUUUUCAAGCAAUCUUAAUUUCUGGAUAUGAUAGGUCUACUUAUAUUGUUCACAUGGACAAAUCUUUGAUGCCAAAGACUUUUGCUAGCCAUGACAUUUGGUACUCGACCACCAUCAACUCUGUCAAGACUCAAGAUCUUGCAUCUAGUCCAUCUCUGGUCUACAUUUAUGAUCACGCGUUUCAUGGCUUUUCAGCAUUGCUAUCGAAAAAUGAAUUGGAGUCGUUAAAGAAGUCUCCAGGGUUUGUUUCGGCUUACACUGACAGGAAUGUCACACUUGAUACCACCCAUACGCCUGAGUUUCUUUCCCUUAAUCCGACGACAGGUUUAUGGCCGGCCUCAGAUUAUGGGAAGGAUGUGAUCAUCGGUGUCAUUGACACUGGUAUUUGGCCUGAGAGUGCAAGCUUUAAGGACGAUGGAAUGUCUGAGGUUCCCUCGAGAUGGAAAGGGACUUGUGAAGUUGGACAAGAGUUCAAUGCUUCAAAUUGUAACUUGAAGCUGAUUGGAGCUAGGUACUUUAACAAGGGUGUUUUGGCUGCAAAACCUAACAUUACUCUUAGUAUGAAUUCUGCCAGAGACACACAAGGACAUGGGACACAUACUUCCUCAACAACUGGUGGAAAUUAUGUUGAAGGGGCAUCUUAUUUCGGCUAUGCCUCAGGAACUGCACGAGGGAUGGCUCCGAAAGCAAGGCUGGCCAUGUAUAAGGUUAUUUGGGAUGAGGGACGGUAUGCUUCAGAUGUUCUUGCCGGUAUGGAUCAGGCAGUUGCAGAUGGUGUUGACAUCAUAUCAAUUUCAAUGGGCUUUGAUAAUGUGUCUUUGUAUGAAGAUCCUAUAGCUAUAGCUUCUUUUGGAGCCAUGGAAAAAGGUGUGCUUGUUUCUUCUUCUGCAGGAAAUGGAUACCCUGAUCUCGGAUAUCUGCAUAAUGGUAUUCCAUGGGUCUUAACAGUUGCAGCAGGCUCCAUUGAUCGGACACCGAGUGGGAGCUUGGUUUUGGGAAAUGGAUUAAGCCUCACUGGCUGGACCAUGUUCCCUGCCAAUGCCUUUGUAAGAGAUGUCCCUCUUUUCUACAGCAAAAAUGUUUCUAGUUGCUAUUCUGCUGAGCAAUUAGCAUUAGUUCCUACUGACGCUGUUAUCAUUUGCGAUGAUGAGUACACUGCAGCUCUUGACAUGUUGUCAUUUGUUGCUAACUCAAACGCGGUGGCUGGCAUCAUUAUAUCUGAUGAUCAGUCACUAUUUGAGUUUAAUAAGUUUCCCUAUCCUGGAGUGGUAAUUAGCCCGAAGCAGGGGCGUGACGUGGUCAAGUAUGCACAGACAAACUCAAAACCAACCGUUACCAUCACAUUUCAACAAACCUUUGUUGGCACAAAACCCGCCCCUGUAGUUGCUGCAUACUCUUGUAGAGGCCCUUCAUCUAGUUACCCCGGUAUACUGAAGCCAGACAUCAUGGCACCCGGGACAUUAGUCGUGGCUGCAUGGACUCCAAAUGUUCAUUCAUCUAUUAUUUGGCCUAAUAACAUAGAAUUGUCUAGUGAUUUCAAUGCAAUUACAGGAACCUCAAUGGCAUGUCCUCAUGUAUCCGGUCUUGCAGCUCUUCUAAAAGGCGCGCACCCUGAAUGGAGCCCUGCAGCUAUUCGUUCUGCAAUGAUGACCACCGCAAACCCUCUGGACAAUUCACACCACCAGAUUGGUGAUGUUGGCACAGACUUCGAUCCUGCAACUCCUCUAGCCAUGGGAGCCGGUCAGGUUGAUCCAAACCGCGCCCUCAAUCCAGGCCUUAUAUACGACGCCACAACAGAGGACUAUGUCAACUUGCUCUGCUCCACUAAUUUCACCAGAAAUCAAAUCUAUACCAUCACAAGAUCCAAUUACAAUUGCUCAAACCCCUCUUCUGAUCUCAAUUACCCAUCCUUCAUUACCUUGUACAAUAGUACUCUACCAAGUGGUGCCAUUGUAGAUUAUUUUACGAGGACUGUCACAAAUGUUGGAGAUGGUUCCGCGACUUAUAAGGCCAAAGUGAUCGCGCCAAAAGGUGCAGUUGUCACAGUUUCACCGGAUACACUGGUUUUCGACAAGACAUAUGAAAAACUAAGUUACUCCCUAUCCAUAGCUUUUACAGGUGACAACAACGGAACCGUUAAAUUUGGCUCACUUACCUGGAUCGAAGACAACUCGAAAUAUACUGUCAGAAGUCCGAUCGUGGUAUCACCAUAUGUGAAUGCCUGGGGAUGAAAAAUGUCAAGCUACAAGCUUUCUCUUGCAUUUCAGCUUUCUCUCAGACUGUGUAACUUGUUCGCGGAGAAUUAAAAGACAUAAGGUUUGCGUUUCGUCUUAAUAAAAUCAUUUGUUUGUCUAAAAAAAAAA